AUGCAGAGAUUCAGUAACAUCACAACUAUACUCAAUUUGAUUGGAUUAUCAGUAAUCGGCCAAGAGUUUAUCCAGACGCUGACAGAUAUUGUGAUUGCUACAUCCUUGGAACGCCGGGUGGACACUGUGCUCUACACGAGCUACGAAAAUGAGACUACCCUCGACUCAGCUAACGUUCUGCAGUCCUCGAUUAUACUAAGCGCGCUUGCUAGGGAACUGCCACAACCAUUGCUGCACUUUGACUCGGCAUCUCCCGUCGAAUGUUAUAAGAAAAUGUUCAAUGCCGAGUUGCUGACCAUCGCUAAACUAAAUCAGCAUUCUGAAUUUGAUGAUCAUCUGUUGGCGUCGCUGUGGCAGCGUCUUUGGCGCAACACACAAAGUCGUCUCAUCCUUCUGUUCGACGAUUCCGCUAGCGAAGCGUAUGUGACCAGAAUCUUCAGAAUGUGUGUGAAGCAUCAUGCUACGAAUGUGAUUGCUUUGCAACCACUUAUGACUGUAGUGGAGCGAAACUAUUGGGCUCUGCGUUUAUUCCCUGCAGAGAAGGUUCUCAAAGAGACCUUUCCGGUGUAUUAUAGAAAAAUAUUUAUUGAUCAUCUACAAAACAUGUACGGCUAUCCGCUGCGUAUGGUCGAACGUACUUUGUAUCCGCAAAUUUAUUACUAUGAAAGCAAGGACGGCACCCAAACACUCAGUGGUUUCUUGGGUCGAUCUUUAACUGAGUAUGCAAAUCAUUGCAAUGCCACAAAGGAGUAUCCGGUCGCUUCACUAAAUAAGAAACUUACAAGCCUUGCUGACGUUAUUCACUUCCUCCAGAGUGAGAUUGUCAAUAUAGGCGCAAUAGUACAAAUCGAAGCUGUCGAGUUUAACAUUAGUUUAUCGAUUGUGUUUGAACUUACGGAUUGGUGUCUAAUGGUGCCAGUUGAACAGCCAUUGCCGAAAUCUACUUUCUAUUAUAUCAUAGUGAAAACAUCGGCUAUGAUUUUGUUCUGUGGUACUGCAAUAUUUAUAUCUUGCGUUUGGGCUUUCUCAUAUCGUUGGCGAAGUUCCCAACAAAAGCAAUUGCCAAUCAUCGAUUAUUUCUUUAAUGUGCUUCAGGGUUUAAUGGGCGCUUCAUUUUGGGUGAGCGAAAGCAACUCAGCCGGGCAGAGUGUCAUUCAUUUGACCAUUUCGUUGGCAGGCAUCAUCAUUGGAACCGCUUAUGGCGCUUACUUGCAGAGUUUCAUUGUAGAUGUACCUCUUACCGCACCAAUGAAAACCAUGGACGAUUUACUAAAUCGUGGAAUUACGGUAACUGCUAGCAGCGUUGAGAUUUCUUUUCUUCAGAAAUCAUUCGAAUUCACUAAAUACUUUGAAAAGUUUACUUUUAUCUAUGAUUUUAAUGAAUUCCAAUCGAUGCGGGAUUCACUGAAUCCACGUUAUGCAUUCACGGUCACCGACAUGUGGGCCAUCUACGACGAGCGACAAAAGUAUUUCUCCCGACCAUUGUUUCGCCUUUCAGAUAUUUGUUUUGGUAAAAGUCAUCCGAUGAUUUUGAUGUUACCCGAGAACUCUCUUCACGAGGAACGCUUAAAUGUUUUUAUAUUACGACUACAUGAAGUUGGAUUGAUAGGUCAUUGGAGGCGUCAAGCUUUUUGGGAAUUUUUAGCAAUGGAUUUUAUUUACUUAGAAGAUGAGAAUAAGCAGCCUGGUUUCGAGCCAAUGAAAUUGGAGGACUUGCGUAUUGUGCUGAUGGCAAUGAUACAAAUGCCAAGACAAUCGCGUAUUCAUAUUAGUCGCUCGGCAAAUAAUAAUAGGCGCAUGAGAAAUGCUCGGAAUAACGGGACAUCAGAAGAACGUCAAGAAGAAAAUGAAGCGAAUCGGCAACGAAUGGCACCGUCCAGAUCAAAUCGUCCCAGAGACAUCAAUUUGAACAAAGCUGCUAUGUAA